AAACUUUAUGACAACAAUAAAACCCCUCACAAGAUUCAGCAUAUCCACCAUUUUUACCAAAGGCAAAAUCCUCCAUGAUUCUGACCAACCACUACUUUCUUAGUUUCCUCUCCCUCAAUUCAAAAUUUGCUUCAAAUUUUCUCUCAUUAAAUAACCAAUUCAAGUUUUCUGCAAGAAUGCAACUUUAGAUGGACUCCAGGGGAGGAGAUUUCUUGAACUUUUAGUUUUGAAUUGCACCUUCAAGUCUGAAACUUUUCUGUGACCUCCUUGCUCAUCUCAGUGUUCUUGGUUCAGCUCGUAAGUUUCUUUGCCCUGAUUAAAUCUGCUUAUUUCCAAACUGGGCGUGCAUAAUUUGUCAAAAGAAUCAUAAAGUUUGGAUCUUUUAGGCGUUUGAAGUCGAAAGUUUCUUCAAAAGGUAAAUAACUUGUUUUAUAAUUAUUUUCUAUAAUUCGGUGAUGACAUGCGCCUUUUAGAUUCUGUGGAUCUUUUAUAAGAGGUGAUGUAGUGCAUAAGAAUGAGCUGGUAAACUUGUGUAUUUUGAUUCACAAAAUCAGUCUACAUUUAUAAUUUAUCAAGUAGAAUCAAGUAACAGAUAGGACAGAUUUCAUAGCCAGCUCUGGAUUAUGAAAUUUUCUGAAUUUUGCUACAUCUUUUUGCUGUGGAAGUGCUAUUUAAUUCAGUUGCUUAUUUUUUAUGGUUGAAUUAUUGAAGUAACUGAUUUUCAUUUCAAAGUUUGAAUCUUGGUUUAAAAUGCGCCAGAUCUUUUCUCUUAAGUUCUGCCAAAGUAAUUCACCGAGGCCAAUGUAUAUUCUUUUUAGGAUGUAUUAUAAAUUUUUGGUUACCUUGGGGAAAAAUGAAAUUCUAUUGGCAGUGCUUUCUUCAGUAUUUUAGUUCCUCGCGUAAAUAGUUCACUGGACUUUUUCCUUUCUGGAUUCUUGUUCAACGAUGUAAUUUGUAUGGUUGAAGGUAGUGGUUCUGUUAAUGCUGAGAUUUUCAUAUGCAAGGCAGUAGUUUAUUUCUUUUCAAUUUAGAUUGGAUAAAUAUCUUGUGUAAUAUGUAUGCUUUAGUGCUUUGAAAUCUCUGGAAUUGAAUAAUGGAAUAAUUACUAAGAGAAUGAAGGCCUGGAUUGUUUGUUAGUAUUAAUGAGGAUUGCCGACUCUCUUAAGCUUGGGCAUGAUCUGUAUGGCACCAGUGCAGCUAGAAGUUGUACAUCAUCAUGUUGAGCUCAUAAUGUUGGCUUAUGCCGGUAUCAUGCAUCCUGAAAUCCGAAGACCAACUAGUGGAUUGCUUGAACAUACUUUUCUUACUUCAGCCUGUUGUCAUUUGCAUAUUCCUCGAACUGUAUUUUGAUCAAAUGAGUCCUAAAAGAAUCUGUAUUGACCAAGAUAUGGUAACCGUGCAUUUCUCUAUAGAUGGCAACUGGCAAGUGAACCAUGGAUGUAAAAACUAGUUAACUCUUGAAUUUUCUGUUUCAGGUGGAGAGUGGAGCAAUACCACCCAUUGGAUAAACAGUUUCAUGAAAAACUGCUCCCGUCUUGCUUGUUAAAAUGAAGAACGUGCAGGAUCAACAGCAAGACAUCAAGCCUAAUAUUAUUGCGCAUGAUUACCAAACUGAGCCGCCAAAUAAUGCCACAGAGGCGGCUAUACCAGACUCAGGUUCAGUCUCGGCAUCAAGCAAUGACAACAGAAAAGUAUCCCGUGAGGAUAUCGAACUUGUGCAGAAUCUAAUAGAACGAUGUCUACAGCUGUACAUGAAUAGAGAUGAGGUGGUAAAGACCCUACUCAAUCGUGCUAGAAUUGAUCCUGGUUUCACAACAUUAGUGUGGCAGAAGUUAGAGGAAGAAAAUGCUGCCUUCUUCCGAUCCUACUACAUAAGGCUUAAGUUGAAAAAACAAAUAAUUUUAUUUAACCACUUGCUAGAGCAUCAGUUUCAUCUAAUGAAAUACCCUGUGCCUCCGAAGGUUCCAUUAGCUCCCAUGCAGAACGGAAUCCAUCCAAUGCCUGUCACCAACUUGCCAAUGGGAUACCCUGUUAUACAGCAUCCUCCCGUUCCAGCUACCGGUCAACCUCAUAUCGACCCUAUGGGCUAUUCAACAUCUAGCUGUCACAUUGUCAAUGGUGUUCCUGCCCCGGGAAAUUUUCAUCCUAUGCGAAUGAACUCUGGGAACGAUAUGGUGAUUGACACAAAUACAUCCGAUGUAUCCCCAAUUAUGCCACCAAACAAUGCGAUGUCCUCAAUGUCGGAUAUACCUGUAAGCCCUACAUCAGUGGCAUCAAGCGGCCAUUUCCCGUUUAGCACAUCGGAAAUAUCAGGCAUGGGGGUUGAUGCUUCGGCACUUGACACAGCUUUUACAUCUGAUGUGGCAAGUUCAGUAGGACUGCAGCUUCCUCCGGAUAAUGGAGUUGGAAAUUCUAGAGAUUCCCUCAGGUCCUUGGCUCAGAUUCCCUGGAAUUUUAGUCUUUCAGACCUGACAGCAGAUUUAUCAAACUUGGGAGAUUUAGGAGCUCUCGGAAACUAUCCUGGCUCUCCAUUUUUGCCUUCUGAUUCUGAUAUUCUACUUGAUUCUCCAGAACAAGAGGAUAUAGAGGAGUUCUUUGUCGAUUCUGAUUCUGUGCCAGGGCAAUGCCCACCAUCGGAUGAGGAGAAGUCGUAGCUGGGGACCUCAGUUUGCUGAAGUUUGCCAAACUUUAGUCUAGUUUGAGGUUAUGUUUACAAUAAAAUCAUUAAAGGAUUAUCUAUAUUAGGAUACAACGAUGAGGGCCUAGUUUAUAACAACGUUUAGAAACCACCAGAGAUAUCGGAACAUUAACCGCUCCAUCUCUGUUGGCGUUGUAGAAGCAGGCGUUUUAGUUCCCACCCUUUUGUGGUGGAUGUUGUUGUCCUAAUUUCAUGUUUUGAUGGAUUUUCGCACCACAGUUUUUUAUAAACCAAGGUUUUAUCA